UUUCUACUGUUGUUGAGUCAUCAACUGUAUUAGUAUCAGACGGAUAUUAAUGUUUCAAUAAAUUUUAAGAAAAUCCAUCUUCUUUUAACAUUAUAUUUAUAGAUUUAACAAUGCCAGUAUUGGAUGGAUUCGAUACCGCUAAAAAUAUCAGAGAUUAUGAAAAGUUAAAAGGAUUAAGUAGAAUUCCUAUGUAUGCGAUGUCUGCAGCGUCUGGAAUGGACGGAUUAUUAAAAAAGCCGAUUAAACCUGCAGAAUUAAAAGCUAUUUUAAUUAAAUGA